AGGAAACGGAAGUGGCGGUGGGCUCGGGCGGAAGCAGGAAGCGGCGGAGCCGGACGACGAGAGUGGUGUUGUGGCGGACCGUGGGGCCAUGGCGGAGAAGUUCGACCACCUGGAGGAGCAUCUGGAGAAGUUCGUGGAGAACAUCCGGCAGCUCGGCAUCAUCGUCAGCGACUUCCAGCCCAGCAGCCAGGCCGGGCUCAACCAGAAACUGAAUUUUAUUGUGACCGGCUUACAGGAUAUUGAUAAGUGCAGACAGCAGCUUCAUGAUAUUACUGUACCUUUAGAAGUUUUUGAAUACAUAGAUCAAGGUCGAAACCCACAACUCUACACCAAAGAGUGCCUGGAAAGAGCUCUGGCGAAAAAUGAACAAGUUAAAGGGAAGAUUGAUACAAUGAAGAUUCUCUCCUUGGAGCACCACCUCCUGCACAAAGUCGCAACCACAUCUGAUCUCUCCUCUCCAACAGGCCACUGGAUUUCCUAGCUGAGGACCAUGAGAGGCCUCACUGCAGCAGGGAUGAGGGGUGCUCCCUUUUCUCCACCUGGAGCCAGCUGUGAAGGACACUAAGGCCACCUGUGUGCCCUGCCUCAACACACUUUGGCAGCACCGUCAACCAGGGCAUCCUGUUCCUUCAUUCCCACAUCCUUUUUAUUUGGGACUUGGUGAUGUUUCCAGUGCCAGUUCAGGGCUCUGUGGUUCUCCCCUGGCACAGUGUGGCUGCUCAUCUACCCAUUCUGCAAAGGGAUAAUGGAACUGUCAUACCACACCCCUGCUCAGAGCCCAGAGUGACACCUUCUAGCCCCUGGGAUCUGUAGAAUAGUUAACUAACAACAAUAUUGUGGUGCUUAUAAUGCUCCUGACACUUCUGGAAUGAUUUACAGAUAUAUCAACUCAUUUAAUCAUCAAAAUAACUGCUUUGGACUAAAUGUCUCUCUUCUCCUCAAAUCCAUAUGAAAUCCUAAUCCCCAGUGUGAUGGGCUUUGAAAGUAAGGACUUUGGGAGGUUAUCAGAGUUAGAUGGAGUCAUGAGGUUGGGGCCCCCAUGAUGGAAUUAGUGCCAUUUAGGAGACAAAAGGACCAGAACUUUCUCUAUCAGCCAUGGUGGCUACAACCAGAAGGCAGCUGUUUAGAAGCUGGGAAGUAGGCCCUCACUGGACACUAGACCCACCAGAUUUUUGAUCUUGGACUUCCCCACUUUCAGAACUGUGAGAAAUAAAUGUUUAAGCACUUAGCUUAUGAUUUAUUUUUGUGAUAGCAGUCCAAACUAAGACAAUAACCUAAUAAGGAAAGUUAUUAUUAUACCCACUUACAAAUAGGAAACUGAGGCCCAGAGAGGUGAAGUGACUUGUACAAAUGACCCAGCUUCUUAACUGGUUGAGCCCAGUCAGGUCUGGUUUUAAGCAAUCAGACGCUCAAUGUCUUCAGAUUGACAUGUUCCACUUCCUCUCUCAGCCGAGCACCCAUAGGACCCUCCCAAUACAGCCUAACUAACUUUCCAUCUCCGCAUCUCUGCUCUGACCAUUUUCAUGCUCUCUCAUCUCUCCCCUUUCCCCUUAUCCUCCAUCCAGCUCUGCCCACCCCCUGCACCCAGCACACCUUGCUUACCUUGUGAGUUACCUUCUCCUGAGACUAUGUAUGAGACAGGCUGUGAGCUUAGGAAGGCAUGACACUUGUAUAUGUUUAUUUAUAAUUUGUGUUCACAGUUCCUCAUCAUACCAAUUAUACUGCCUUAUAUAUAAUAAUAACUCAGUAUAUGUGGAUUAUCAAGGAAAAAUUUGCUUCACACUGAUUAUACAAAAGGAGAAAGUGAGGUUAUAGUUACAAAAGCAACAUGAAGUGGAAAUCAAAGCAAUUGUAUGGAUAAUUCAAAAAGCAAAAAAUCAGUUUGGGGGGGUCAAUUAUAUGGAUUUAUCAGAUGAGAGAGAAAAAACCUAAUUGGCCCAAGUGUUCCAUUCCACUUUGGGUGGGUCAGAGGGAGCUGGAGUCGGAGGUUCGUGUGCCAGACUGGCCAUCGAAUUCUGGGAUCCCAUGUGGCUUCUUCGUGCUCUGGUUUUCCUCUGUGACUGAAGGGGCUGAAGGCUGAGCAGAGCUGGUUUUAGUUGCAUAAUCACCCUCCUGUCACUUGGUUUGUCUCAGCCUCUAACUCUCUGAAGCCUACACUUUGGCAUUCAUUUCAUACCGUGUUUUCUUUAAAUAGUAUGAGUGUUGUCUCUUUAAUGAGGUUGCCAAGUCUAUGAUGCCGAGGUCCAACUCCUGCUUUCUUGCCCCACCUGCCCGCCUCCUUUCCUGGAGGCCCCUGUGGGUCACACCCAGGAAAACAUGGCACUGAUGGAUGGGACAGUGAAGUUACCACAGACUCAGUGUCCUGCCCAAUGCCGUCACCUGCAGAGCGUCUGAUGUAGUGAACCGGGUUUGGCCUCCAUGUGGGUAUUUUAUUAAGAGCCUCAGCUCUUAAAGAAGCUCAUGAUCUUCCACGGAGAUCAUGAGCUUCUGUGGUGGUUACAAACACACCUCUGUCAAGGCUGUGGACAGCUGGCUCCAUGGUGAUAGCAGCUCACCUUCAUCGCGCUCAGAACCAGGAGGGGUGGCCUGCCACAGAGGAAGCAGUGUAUUAUGGUGUCCAUCUCUUUCUGGUACUUUUUAAUAAAAACACCUCUCUGGGUUGACUCAUGAUCUAAAAGAGAGAGUUAUAGGAAAGUUCCUGCAUGUAUUGACUUUGAAGUGUUACAGCUAGAAAUAGAAGAUCGAUUUUUUGAAUCAACCUUAAAAAAAAGAGAUUCCUGUUUUUUAAAAAAACAGCAAUUCAGGAGAUGACCACAGUCUUAUAAGAGACAGGACUUUGAAAGAAACCUGCAGAGCAUCAGUCCCAGGCUGACUGGCUGGCACAUCCACGUGGGCUAUUUUGAGUGUGACGCUGGUCUUGGAGAUAGCUCAAAUUAGGAUGAUGGCCCUUAUCCAAUACUAACACUUCUAUUUGGUUAUUAAGCAGAGGGAUCAGGAGCGAAGGGCUUAAGUAGUCUGAAACUUGCAAGGUUUAAGAGUCUGUUCAGUUUUCCCCUGGCCAGCCAGCCUUGUUGGAAGCAUCCAGCUUCAAAGCCUGGUGAAUCAGCAUUUGAAGACAGAUCUGGCCUAAUUUGGAGAUUUUGACUCAGCCAAUCAGUGAACUUCAGCAAUUUUCUCCUGAAGCUUUAGGUCACCUUUGGGUUUCAUUCAAGUUCAAAUACCAAGGGCAAAGGGAAGGUGGAUGACAAACUCUUGUGAAGAUUGUACAACCAGGAGUCUGAAAUCAACUCAUCUGCUGCAGGACUGAAUUGCAUCUUGUUUGCCUCUUGGCUUUCCUUU